UGGCCCACCGCGAGGAUCAACGAUUUACGACUGUUCCGCGUCUUUGUGCAAUUAUUCGAAGCCGCGUGAAAGCGAACGUCGGCCGGCGAUCCUCGUCCGGCCUCACGGAAUUUUUUCCCCGCGAAGCAGAUUCCACGGUUUCCUCUUCUCUCGACGAGAGAAUCUUCUCUCCCUCGCGACGGGAAAACAUUUUUCCCGUUUAGUUGCGUCACCGUUCAACGAUCAACGAUCGAAUCGUCCCUCCUCGUUUAGUAUCGCGAACUUCUCCGGCUGCUGUGAACACCGUUGACGAUCCGAAGCGUUCUGCAAAAUGAUCGGCAAGGUUUUCUGGAUUCUUUGCUGUUUUUCGUUGGGAAAUUUCGCGACCGGCGCCGUUGACGAAGACGCCGACGAGCGGCCGUACGAGUUCUCGUUCAACAUCACCGAUUUUCAACACCGGUUCGAGAAGAAAGACGCCGACGGAAUCGUCACCGGGGAGUUCGGGUUCGUAACAGCGGACGGCGUGUACCACGAGACUGCUUAUGCCACCGACGAGAACGACAAUUUCAUUAUCACCAGGAUGAGGAACAGAAAGAUCACCUCUCUGAAAGACGCGCUGGAGAUAUUCAAAGACAGGCCGGAAGCUGCGAAGAAGCUGGUAGAGGCUGUCGCAAAGUCUUGCGGAGGGUGCAAGAUUCCUGUGAUAGGAGACAAUGCAACCGACAGGGUGCAAUCUCCUGCGGAAUUGGGAUCUCUUCUGGGAAAGACGGCCAAAACCAACGCUGGACUCGCGAAACCUGGUGCACUGCCAACAAAAGGGAGACCGCACCAGGAAAGGAACCGAAUCCCGGAAGAUCCCAAGGACUCUUCGAAUUCAAGACGAGGGAAGACCUUGAACCUCGACGCGUCGGAGAAGAACAGAUUAAAUGGAACGAGCGAAUUCCCGAGGAAGGAAACAGGCGAUGUUUUCUAUCGCUUCAACUACAGCAUCUCGUCGCACGAACACCAGGAAGACGGGUUCAGGGACGGUGCAAAGGACGGCAGCUAUCGGGCACAAAGUGAAAAUGGUGUCGACACUCGGGUGAAGUAUCUGUCAAACGAAUUCGGCCAUCAGCCAAACAUUUCGUUCGUUCCCGGAGCUAAUGGGACCGAGGAGAGUCGGCUGAAGGGCUACUCCUUCCUGUGGUACUGGUCUUGAGAGAUCUAUGGGCCUGUUAUCCAUGUAGGCACGACCGAUUUCUAAUAAAGGAUGAAUCAACUGUC